AUGGCCUUUCACUAUCAACAUUACUAUGCUGCUUUGCUCAAGAAGCUUGCUCCUGAAAGUUACAAGCAAGUUAGUGGUAGCACUAGUACCAGCUCGGAGACUGUUGUGGCAGGGUCAAUUGAUGAACUAUUGCAGAGCAUGGAUCAGAAUCUAUUUCGCACUCUUCCCGAGCUUUGCCCUAAGCCUCGGAUGCUUGUAUGUGCCCCAUCAAGUGCUGCAACAGAUGAGCUCCUUGCUCGUGUUCUUGACCGUGGUUUUAUAGAUGGUGAAAUGAAGGUAUACCGCCCUGAUGUUGCCCAUGUUGGAGUUAAUUCACAGUCUCGUGCUGCACAAGCUGUUUCAGUUGAAAGGAGGACAGAUCAGCUUUUAGUGGGCUGUGAUGAACGGCUGGUAGAUAGAUCCCAGGGUUCAGUAGGGAUUGAUCCUGAUGUUCUUGCUCAAAGGGAUCGUAACCAUGAUAUUCUGCUUCAGAAACUUGCUGCAUUAGUUGAAAGCAGGGAUAAAGUAUUGGUGGAGAUGUCACAGCUGCUGAUAUUAGAAAGCAGGUUCUGUCCUGGCAUCAACUUCAAUUUGGAAGAUGCUAGGGCUAGUCUGGAAGCCAGUUUUACCAAUGAAGCUGAAAUUGUUUUUACAACAGGAAUGCUAAAACACACUUACAACCGUGUCAAGAUGCAUCCCCAGAUCCGUGAAUUUCCAUCAAAAUACUUCUAUCAAGGUCGCCUUACAGAUAGUGAGAGUGUUGUUAAAUUACCUGAUGUAGCCUAUUACAGAGAUGCACUUAUGGCACCUUAUAUCUUUUAUGACAUGUCACAUGGCCGUGAGUCUCAUAGGGGUGGGGGUGGGUCAUCUUCAUAUCAGAAUAUUCAUGAAGCGCAGUUUGCAUUGCGUUUGUAUGAGGCUAUGGCCUAUGAGCACCUUCAGAAGUUCCUGAAAGCUAAUGGUGCCAAGAAGGUUUCUGUUGGUAUAAUCACACCACAUAAGUUGCAGUUGAAAUGCCUUCAGCAGGAAUUUAAGGAUGUUAUGAAUACUGAGGAAGGGGAGGAUACCUACAUAAAUACAGUUGAUGAUGCUUUUAAGGCCAGGAGCGUGACGUUGUUGGUAAUGCUAAUACCCUCAUGCAGUCAGGACUGGGCAGCACUAAUAGCGGAUGCAAAGGCCAGGAAAUGUUUUAUGGACCUGGAUAGCAUUCUCAAGGACUUCUUACCCAUGAAAGUUCCAUCUAAUACUCCAGGUAGGAAUUCUUCCAACGACAUCCGGAACAUCAGGACUGGUGGUGGACCUUAG